ACAGAGAGGGAGAGAGAGAGAGAGAGAGAGAGAAGCAGGGGGUGGGUGGGGAGAGAGAAGAGAGAGUAAAGAGAUAGACAGAGACGGAAAGGCAGAGAGAGCAUAGGAACAGAACUGCAAUGAAAGAUUGCAGUAAAAGGCUAAUCUCCAGGAUUUCUUGAGCCCCCACCUCACACACACACACACACACACACACACAUUUUGAUCUUCGGAACUGGAUUUUACCCCUUGGCUCAAUCGGAGAACAGCACACGCAACACUAGGGUAGGAGAGAAGGGAGCGAGCAAUAAAGAGAGAGAAAGAGAGCAAGAUAGAGGAAGGGUGAGAGAGAGAGAGAGAGAGAGCGAGCGAGAGGAAGAGGGAUAGAGAGAGAGUGAGCGAGAGAGAGCUCCAGAGUGUGUGCAGGAAGCGCCCUGUCUGCACUGUGAGUGGGGAUCAGGGUAAAAAGCAGUAGAGAUGCAGUUUUAAUUAGAUUCAGCCGGACAGAGAAGAGGAACUGCGUGGCAGAGAGCACUGCUUGGCUCUCCUCCACAGUCUUACAGUCAAAUAUCUCUCCUCCUAUCUCCUCCUCUCUCACACCCAUCCCUCCGUACACCAUAACUCCUGCCCCCUCUCCCAUCCUGGGGGGGGUGAAAACCCCUGGUUGGACCCUCGCAGACCGUCGCCAUGGGAGACAGAGGCACUAGAGUCUUCAAAAAAGCAAGCCCAAAUGGAAAGCUCACAGUGUAUCUGGGGAAGAGGGACUUUGUCGACCACGUGGACAUUGUGGAGCCUGUCGACGGCGUGGUUCUUAUUGAUCCAGAGUACUUAAAAGAAAGAAAAGUCUUCGUGACCCUGACCUGUGCUUUCCGCUAUGGCAGAGAGGACCUGGAUGUUUUGGGAUUGACAUUUCGAAAGGACCUCUUUGUAGCCAAUAUCCAGACAUUUCCACCUGUGCCUGAAGAAAAAAAAUCAUUAACCCGUCUUCAGGAGCGCCUGAUUAAAAAGCUUGGGGAACAUGCUUAUCCUUUUACUUUUGAGAUUCCUCCCAAUCUUCCUUGCUCAGUUACUCUUCAGCCUGGACCGGAGGACACGGGAAAGGCAUGUGGUGUGGACUUUGAAGUUAAGGCUUUUUGUGCUGAAAAUUCUGAAGAGAAAAUUCACAAGAGGAAUUCUGUGCGUCUGGUCAUUAGGAAAGUUCAGUACGCCCCAGAGAAGCCUGGUCCGCAGCCCGUGGCCGAGACCACACGUCAGUUCCUCAUGUCUGACAAGUCCUUGCACCUGGAGGCUUCCCUGGACAAAGAGAUUUACUACCACGGGGAGCCAAUCAAUGUGAAUGUUCAUGUCACAAACAAUACGAAUAAGACCGUGAAGAAAAUGAAAAUCUCAGUGCGUCAGUAUGCGGAUAUUUGCCUGUUCAACACCGCACAGUACAAGUGCCCAGUUGCAACAGAGGAGUCCGAUGAUAUAGUAGCUCCAAGUUCCACAUUUUGCAAGGUGUACACUCUCACACCUUUCCUUGCCAACAACCGGGAGAAACGGGGGCUGGCCUUAGAUGGAAAACUCAAACACGAGGACACAAAUUUAGCCUCUAGUACACUGUUAAGAGAAGGAGCCAAUAAAGAAAUCUUGGGCAUUAUUGUGUCAUACAAGGUUAAAGUGAAGCUGGUGGUGUCUCGAGGCGGACUCUUGGGAGAUUUUGCAUCAAGCGAUGUUGCAGUCGAACUUCCUUUCACGCUAAUGCACCCCAAGCCGAUUGAGGAGUCGCUCUACAGAGAUGUUCCAGACAUUGAAGCACCCAUAGACACAAAUUUGAUUCAGUUUGAGACAAAUGAUGACGACAUCAUCUUCGAAGACUUUGCCAGGCAGAGACUCAUAGGGGCCAAGGACGAGAAGGAAGAGGAGGAGGAAAGGACGGAUUCGCCCCGGCUGAACGACAGAUAAAGUCCCGGGCCGCCGCUUCCUCUGUCGGGCGUUUCUGUGGCGCACGCCGUAGAGCUGUGGGGGCGCUGCGCAUCGACCCGGGACCCGGGGAAGACCUUCACCGCAGCGCGCCAUCGCUCGCUUCCGGUUCACAUUCCCGCCUUUUCCAUCACGUAAGGACAAAAAAAAAUAAGUGAGUGAGUCAAAUCGGGAGUUUUGGAUACACCCCACGAGAUUGGGAAAAGGAAAUGUUUUAAUUGCGGAGGAGUUCUGCUCGGUGGGACCUCGGGACGUGUUGCUGGGGGAGAUACACGCCGGAUUUAAUGGGGACUCGUUUGAUAUUCUGAUUCAAGUAGCAUGCCCUCUAUCGCGCUGACAUAAAUGCGCCUAGUUAUAGGACUGAACAAAAAAUAAAAAAGAGUUGUGUGACAUAUUAUGUGUAUCAUUCAAGUCUACGGAACCAAAAGAGGUUGGAAUCAAUGUCUAAUUUAGUCCAGUUGUCCUUGUUUUUAUAAAACCCAAUGAAUGCCGACUGCAGUAUUAAGUACAAGGUACAGGUACAUAUUAGCAUAAAGUACUGGUAAAGUCUGAUUGCAUUUACAUUCACAGUUGGGAGUUUUUCUGCCUUGAGGUGUUCAGAUGAAUCUAUUUUCUUUAGUUCUUUCUAGGAUAACAGAUUUUUGCAGUGCUUCACAGGGAUGGGUCUGGCCAAUGUAAUUGUUAUAAAAAGGCGCACAUGCACGCAUUAUCAUAGAUAUUUUACACCGUAUUUUCUUGCUUUUUUUCAACUUCCCCUGCAAGGCUUCCACAGCCCUGGGGGUACUUUCCAUUGCAGAAAACAAAAGGCUGCUUUGUCACAGUGGAUUUCUGAGUCUAGCAGCAGACUAGGAUUGGAACCUCAUAUGAAACAUAAAUCAGUGCACCCUACACUAGUUGUCCUUUGUUUAGAGGAGGAAAAGAAAACACCAUGUUUUAUUUUCCGUGACACUUUAGAAUCUUUGUAUGUAUCCAAUGUAAAUGAUACACAAUCGGUAAUCUAUUGAGACACAACAGAGCUACUUUGUCGUGUCAGAUCAAUUUGCAUCAUUCUCAACGAGUCUUUAUAACAUGAGAACCUACAUUGUUACACGACCCAUAACCAUUUAUAUUGCUUCUUGAUAUUUGCUUUCAUCUCCGGGUAUGUAGGCAUAUUGACUGGGGAAUCCAGUUUGUGCCAACUUUGUGGGGCUUGGCCAACCUCUCUCUUAAUUUAUACACACACAGUUCUUUUUUUGUUCUUUGUUCUGUUUACAUUGUGGAUUAAUUGAAAUGGGAGGCUUGAGUGGAGAAAUAUCCCAUGGCAAAUGUCAGAUGUCAGCCAACAGCUGGAAAUAUUUAUCAUUUCAAUGCGCAUUAAUUUAAAAGUCACUGCUAUACUGUACAUAGUAUAUAAUUAGAUGGUGACCAGUGAACCCUGAUGUCCAAGCGUACUUUUUUCGGGGGGGAUGUUUGCUUUCUGCAAUUUUUGAUAUAAUUUCACUUUUUGUGAAUGUUUUGAUUGGUUUUUCUGUUUGACAUUUGAGAUGUAUAGUUUUGUGAUGUUUUCCCAGCUUUUCAAUAGCAGAUAUAGGGGAAUUAUGGGAUUAUGCCUUUCGAGGUUGUAUGUGCGUAUAUUACCUGAUUAUUCUUCAAAAACGUAAAGUAACUGACUAGUAUAUAAACACUAUUAAAUCCAUGCAUUCAGACUCUGGGAACAUCGUAUCAUGUACAAACUGAUUUUUAGUUGCUCAAAGUGUAUCUUCUUGCUUUAGAUAAUAAAUCCCUGAAUGUUCCAUUACCAGCUAUUGUAAACCUGGGAGGUCAUCAGAAACUUCUGGAAGUAUGUAAAACAUCCUUUAUUCCACACAAAAACUAGUACAAUCAAAAACACUUGCAUAAACUGAUGUAAUAUUUAAAAAGCCUCAAAAAAGUGAUCUUUUAAUUUAAUAAUCAAAAAAUGUUAAAUUUUGUGGAUAUUUAAUAAAUCUUAUGGUUUUGUGUUUUGAAGCUUGCAGACCAUUUCUUCAUAGAGACUUGAUCUUCAGCACAAUAAAAAUUUCCUUCAUGUCCAUUCCCAUGCAUUUUCUCCAGUUCCCCAGCACCUCUCACAACAUAACAUUUACAUUGGGUUUAAGAACAGUAUUUACAAACACAGUGACAUAACUGUAACUAUUGAGCUGUUAAAUGCUACCAUAAUUUUUUAUUCCAUAUUUGUUUAUUUCUUACUAUGUAAUGUACUUUUUUCCACAAUAACACGUGGUGACAUUUUUGUAGUAUCCUUCUGUACACUGUUGCUCUGAUGAUGUGAUAUGUAAGUAAGGACAAUGCUAAUCUUUGUAGUAGUUUGAAAUGUCAUGUAGUGUCAGAUUCACGUGGUCACCUUCUACUUGUGUGAAAUAGACAAAUAGAGCCAUCUGCUUCCAGAAAUCCUUGGGUGCUGUUGCACUCUUGAGGUCUUAGCUCCUGCAGAUGUUAUUUUGCAUUAAUCUAUAACAUGUAAUAGCAUGUAAUAACAUGUAUGGAGUCAUUGUUUAAUUACCACUGCUGCAGUGACUUCUCAGGUUUGUUUGUUUUUGUUGUUUUUUAGUUAUUUCCACCAUUGAAAUAGCAACCAAAAGCAACAAUAACUGUUUGCGAGAGCUUAAGGUACAUGUUAAAUUAGAGCUGCUGUAUAGUCAGCAUAUUACUACGGCACACAAAUUGUCUCAGUGUGUAAUUUUUCAUGUACUUUGCAAGCAAUCCAUUCAGAAUUUUAGCAGCGAAGGAGCACAGAAAUGGCUUUAACAUUCACGUAGCCUUUUGGGAUUGUCGAGAUCUAUGUGACGAUCCUUGCGAAAACAAAGAAAAGUACAUCUGCCUCUGUGUUAUUUUAAAAUUAAACACAUGAGCAAAAAUACUGGUCAAUGCCCAUUCCCAGGGAACCCAUCUUUCCACCGCUAUGGAAAAUUCCCAAGGGGUGGUAAUAAUGCAUUAGCUUGUUUGGAUAAAACUUAACAUUGUUUUCAUUACCGCCCUGUUGUUUGUGCUGAUUUAAAAACAAAACCUUUUGUGACCAAUUAUGUUUGGCUCUCUUGUUGUUGUCCUGUGAUCUAAUUGCCAUUGGCCUGAUUAAAUAGCCUUUGCUCUC